CGCUGUUUUUUACAACAACCAACAAAGAAAAUAUGAUCCAUACUCAAAUUCUUAUAAUGAGGGCUGGAAGGAUCAUCCAAAUCUCAGAUAUGGUCCUCCUCAAAACAAUAAUCAAAAUUUUAAUCAAGCAAAUAGGGGAAAUCUGAAUUUAAAUCAUCAACCUAGCCAAGAUAGAAGUGCCCAGAUGUUUGAACAAAUUCUUAAGAAAAUGGAUGACAAGUUUUCAAGUUUCGAUUCAACUCUUAAACAAGUUCAAGAAAAACAAACAGCUACUAAUGUGAUUAUAAGCAACUUGCAGGCUCAAAUGAAUCAAAGAAUCCCUUCUCAACCUUUUCCAAAUCCAAAAGAAAACAUAAGUGCUGUGGUUUUAAGGAAUAAGAAACAAUUGCCUGAACCUAAGGGUAGGGAUAGGGUUGAGAGUGAGAAAGAAGUUCCUAAAGUUGUGAACCUUGAGUUAGAUGAGGCUACUGACAGCAGUUCUCAUGGGGCUGAAACAGUGGGAGAAACACCUGGGAAUGAUAACUCAGACCAAGGGGAAAGGGUAGAAGACAUGGUCAGACCUAAAGCUCCCUUCCUGAAAAAGACUUUCGGGGAAUGAAAAAAUCCAAAUGAGUGAAAAUGUUAGUACUGUUUUUCAAAAUAAAAUGCCUCAAAAAUGCAAAGAUCCUGGGGUUUUUUCUAUUCCUUGUCAAAUAGGGAGUCUUAAAUUUGAUAGGGCAAUGCUUGAUUUAGG